AUGCUUCAAAUUAAUAAGGUAGGCCACAUAACGCGUUACUGCACUGAGCAUGCUAGUGCAUAUGACCAGAGGUCGACUAUUCCUGGUCGAGUCCUUGCCUUGUCUAAAGAAGAAGCUGAAGCUUCUCCGAAGCUUAUUAGAGGUACUAUUUAUCUCUGUGAUAUUGAGAUUUUUGCUUUAUUUGAUUCGGUUGCUACUCACUCUUUUAUUUCAAAUGAGUGCGUAGAAAAGUUAAAGUUGCUUGUGAUUGAAUUGCCUGUGUUGAUGAAUGUUUCUAUGCCGGUUGGAGCUUCUGUGAAAACCAACCAUGCCUAUUUAAAAGUUGAGAUGAGAUUUGGUAAUAGAAUUAUACUAAUUGAUUUGGUUUGUUUGCCCAUAUUGAGGAUUGAUGUGAUUGGUGGGAUGGAUUGGUUGUCGACUAACAGAGCGAUACUAGACUGUGAAAAGAAGACAAUUUCUCUACUAGUGUGUAAUGCAACUCUUGCAGUCUUUGAGGAUACUACCUUCAUAGUGAAUCCUGAGAUACCCACAUUUUUGUCUGCCACACAAAUUAAGAGAGAGUAUGAUGGUACUUUUAAUGAGAUAGAAGUUGUUAGUGAAUUUCUAGAAGUGUUUGCUAAUGAGAUGUCUGGCUUACCACCGGAAAGGGAGAUCAAAUUCUCGAUUGACCUAGUACCAGGAAUUGAACCCAUCUCUAAGGCUCCAUACCAUAUGGCUCCUUUAGAAUUAGAAGAAUUGAAGAAGAAAUUGAAGGAAUUGCUGGAGAAAGGAUUCAUUAGGAUAAGUGUAUCCCCCUGGGUUUCGCUUGUAUUAUUUGUGAAGAAAAAGGACAGAAACUUAAGGUUGUGUAUUGACUACCGAUAG